AUGCUUUCCCUUUGCCGGCGCAUAAUAAAAGGAGAGAAGUUUCUCUCGCUUAUUCUGGAAUCCAAACACCGAGCACCAUCAAUGGCGACGGCGUCACCCCGCCUCCUUCCGCUCGCGCUGCUGCUCCUCCUGCUCGCCGUGGCGCACGCCGGCACCCCACGGCUGGUCCUGGAGCCCACCCUUCGGCUGCCGUCGGCGGCCGGGCAGGGGGACGAUGGCUCCGUCGGGACCAGGUGGGCCGUCCUCGUCGCCGGCUCCAACGGCUACCAGAACUACCGCCACCAGGCGGAUAUUUGCCACGCCUACCAGAUAUUGAAGAAGGGUGGCCUCAAGGAUGAGAACAUCAUCGUCUUCAUGUACGAUGACAUUGCGCACAACCUGGAGAACCCAAGGCCGGGCGUCAUCAUCAACCACCCCCAGGGUGGAGAUGUCUAUGCUGGGGUCCCUAAGGACUACACUGGGAAGGAGGUUAAUGUCAAGAACUUGUUUGCUGUCCUUCUCGGUAAUAAAACCGCUGUGAGUGGUGGGAGUGGCAAAGUCGUGGACAGUGGCCCUAAUGAUCACAUUUUUGUGUUUUACAGUGACCAUGGGGGUCCUGGGGUCAUUGGGAUGCCUACCUAUCCAUACGUUUACGGUGACGAUCUUGUAGAUGUCCUGAAGAAAAAGCACGCUGCUGGAACCUACAAAAGCCUGGUAUUUUAUCUUGAAGCCUGCGAAGCUGGGAGCGUCUUUGAGGGGCUUCUGCCAAAUGACAUCGGUGUCUAUGCGACCACCGCGUCGAACGCGGAGGAGAGCAGUUGGGGAACGUAUUGCCCUGGCGAGUACCCUAGCCCUCCGUCCGAAUAUGACACCUGCUUGGGCGACCUGUACAGCAUUUCUUGGAUGGAGGACAGUGAUGUACACAACCUGAGAACUGAAUCUCUCAAGCAGCAGUAUGACCUGGUCAAGAAGAGAACGGCAGCUCAGGACUCAUACAGCUAUGGUUCCCAUGUGAUGCAAUACGGUUCUUUGGAUCUGAAUGAUCAACAUCUCUUCUUAUACAUUGGGUCAAAUCCUGCUAAUGACAACACUACAUUUGUUGAAGAUAACUCACUGCCGUCCUUCUCAAGAGCUGUUAAUCAGAGGGAUGCUGAUCUUGUUUAUUUCUGGCACAAGUACCAGAAAUUGGCUGAGAGCUCCCCUGAGAAAAACGAUGCUCGGAAGCAAUUGCUCGAGAUGAUGGGUCAUAGAUCUCAUAUUGACAACAGCGUCGAGCUGAUUGGAAACCUUCUGUUUGGUUUUGCGGAUGGUCCAAUGGUCCUGAAUACCAUUCGCCCAGCUGGCGAGCCUCUUGCUGAUGACUGGAGUUGUCUCAAGUCUACGGUGCGUGCUUUUGAAUCACAAUGUGGCUCGUUGGCGCAGUAUGGAAUGAAGCACAUGCGGUCCUUUGCAAACAUCUGCAAUGCCGGCAUCCUUCCUGAAGCGAUGGUGAAGGUGGCCGCUCAGGCGUGCACCAGCAUCCCAACCAACCCAUGGAGUGCCACACACAGAGGUUUUAGUGCUUAA